AUGAAAGUAUUGUCUGAUGCUUUUAAACCAGACCAGAAAACCUUCAGGCCUCAUACCAUUAUCCUACAUGGAAGACCAGGAGUUGGGAAGUCAGCUUUGGCCAGAAGUAUUGUUCUGGGCUGGGCACAGGGUAAACUCUACCAAGACAUGUCCUAUGUUGUCAUCUUCUCUGUUGGAGAAAUAAAGUGGACAGAGAAGAGCAGUUUGGCACAGAUGAUUGCCAAGGAGUGGCCAGACUCCUGGGCUCCAGUGACAAAGAUCAUGUCCCAACCAGAAAGACUCUUGUUUGUCAUAGAUGGUUUCGAUGAUAUGGACGCUGUCCUCCAAGAUGAAGAUGAUAUGACACUCUCCAGAGACUGGAAGGAUGAACAGCCCAUAUACAUACUGAUAUACAGUCUCCUGAGGAAGGCCCUCCUACCCGAGUCCUUUCUCAUCAUUACCACCAGAAACACAGGCUUAGAAAAGCUCAAGUCAGUGGUGGUGUCCCCCCUCUAUAUACUGGUUGAAGGACUGUCUACAUCAAGGAGAUCGCAGCUGAUCCUCGAGAACAUCUCUGAUGACUACCAGAGAAUGCAAGUCUUCCAUUCUGUGAUAGAAAAUCACCAGCUAUUUAACCAAUGCCAGGCCCCCUCCAUGUGCUUACUGAUCUGUGAAGCUCUACAGCUACAGAAGAAGCUGGGAAAGGAAUGCACCUUACCCUGCCAGACUCUCACCGGUUUGUAUGCCACCUUGUUGUUCCACCGGCUCACCUUGAGAGAGCCUUCCUGGGGCACUCUCAGUCAGGAAGAACAGAUUACUCUAGUGGGUUUGUGCAGGAUGGCUGCUGAGGGAGUGUGGACUAUGAAGUCAGUGUUCUAUGAUGAUGACCUGAAGAACUACAGCCUAAAGGAGUCUGAGAUCUCUGCCCUCUUUCACACGAAGAUUCUUCUCCAGGUUGGCCACAGAAGUGAGAAGAGUUCUAUUUUCUUUCACCGCAGCCUGCAAGAUUUCUUUGCUGCCUUAUAUUAUGUUUUAGAAGAGCUGGGGGAAUGGAAUCAGUAUUUUUCCUUUAUUAAAAACCAACAGAGCAUCAUGGAGGUGAAGAGAACCAACAACAUUCCCCUCGGGAUGAAGCGUUUCUUAUUUGGUCUCAUGAACAAAGAUAUCUUGAAGACUCUGGAGGUUCUGUUUGGAUGUCCCAUAAACCUGACUAUUAAGCAGAAGCUCCAACACUGGGUCUCUCUGAUAGGUCAGCAGGUCAAUGACACCAACCCAAUGGACACCCUAGAUGCCUUCUACUAUCUCUUUGAGUCUCAGGAUGAAGAGUUUGUUCAUGUAGCUCUCAACAGCUUCCAAGAAGUGUGGCUUCUGAUUAACCAGAAGAUGGACUUGACAGUAUCUUCCUACUGUCUCCAGCAAUGUCAGAACUUGAAGGCAAUCCGGGUGGAUAUCAGAGCUCUCAUCUCGGAGGAUAAUACACUCGAGCUAUGCCCUCUUGUUGAUCUCCAGAAGAAACUACACAAGCCCCUCAAAGAGUGUUGGAAAAACUUCUCCUCUGUGCUCAGCACCCACCCAAACUUGAAGGAGCUGGACUUAGGCAACAGCAUCUUGAACAAAUGGGCCAUGGAGAUACUGUGCCUUAAGCUGGGAAAUUCAUCCUGCAGUAUACAGAAGCUGAUGUUUAAGAAUGCAGAGAUAGAGUCUGGCCUGCAAUAUCUCUGGAAGCUUGUUAGUAAUCCGAACAUAAAGUCCCUCAAUCUAGGGAGCACUCCCAUGACGGAUGAUGACAUGAAGUUAGCCUGUGAUGCGCUGAGACAUCCAAGGUGCUCCCUGGAGACUCUGAGGUUGGAUUCCUGUGAGUUAACCCUUGCUGGUUAUGAGAUGAUCUCCACACUCCUUCUUUCAACCACCAGCCUAAAGUGUCUCAGCCUGGCUAGAAAUAAGGUGGGAGAAAAUAGUAUGAUAUACCUCGGGGACGCCUUGAGGAGCUCAGAGUGUUCACUGAAGAAGCUGAUACUGAAUCACUGCAACAUUGUAGAUGCUGCUGCCUACGGUUUCCUGGCAUUGAUACUUUCAAGCUACAGAAAGCUGACACACCUGAGCCUGUCCAUGAACCCUGUAGGGGAUAACGCAAUGAAGCUAUUGUGUGAAGCUCUAAAGGAGCCAGCGUGUUACCUUCAGGAACUGGAACUAGUGGACUGCCAGCUCACGGAGAACUGCUGCGAAGACAUAGCCUGCAUGAUCCCAAUAGCCAAGCACUUACAGAGCUUGGAUCUUGGAAACAACGCCCUGGGUGACAAAGGAGUCAUAGCCCUGUGCGAGGGACUAAAGCAAAAUACUGGCUCACUGAGGAGACUUGGGUUGGGGGCCUGUGAGUUGACUUCCAAAUGCUGUGAGGUAUUGUCAUUGGUCAUCGCUAGCAACUCGAGACUGAAGAGCCUAAACCUGGUAAUGAAUGACUUCAGUACAGCAGGGAUGUUGAAGCUGUGCUGUGCAUUCCAAUGCCCUGCCACCAGCCUGUCGGUAAUUGGCCUCUGGAAGCAGCAGUACUAUGCCGAGGUGAGAAAACAGCUGGAGGAAGUGCAGUCUAUCAAGCCCCACGUGGUGAUUGAUGGUGACUGGUAUUCUAUUGAUGAAGAUGAUCGUAACUGGUGGAAAAACUGA